CCUGCAACGGGUUCGUUAUCACAAGAACGGGGGUAGUUCUGGAAGUUGUCUCUGAACCAGCUACGUACAAGCAGUAACACCGUUCUUAGUCAUCGUAUCAACAUAAUGGACCAGUCCAACACUACCAUGGCCGACAGCUUCCCGAAGUUCACCCGAGCCCUGGUUCGGCAAGUUCCGGAGUCCAUUCGUGAACACUCGGAAGCCGUCGAAACCUACAAGAGAGACCGAUACUACCGAGGAUAUGAAUUUGAGAGAAUAGAUAUUGCUAAAGCCCGAGAAGAGCACGAGCGGUACACGCAGACCCUGCGGGACCUGGGGCUGGAGGUGACCGUCCUACCGGCGGACGAGUCCACUCCGGACUGCCCGUUUGUAGAGGACACCUGUGUGGUGGUGGGUAACAGAGCGCUGGUGACCAGGCCAUGGGGAGGACCUAGGAGACGGGAGCUUGACUGUGUGGAGACGUGUCUGAAAAGUCUUGGACUGGAAGUGUACAGAAUCCAUGAUGAGAAGGCGAAACUGGAGGGGGGUGAUGUCGUCUUCACAGGAAAGGAGUUCUUCGUCGCCGCAUCAGAAUGUACCAACAAAGCAGGCCGAAAAGCCCUGGCCAACACGUUCCCAGAGUACCCUGUCCACACCAUCCCAGUCUUGUGGCCAGAGUUCCAUCUGAAAGGUGUGGCGUGCUGUGCGGGACCGGGCGUCAUGGCGCUGGGGAAGAACAAGGAUGGCAAAAGGGCAUGGGAGAAGAUUCUGGAAAAAAGUGAGUUCACGUAUGAACCUGUGUGGGUGCCUGACAAUACUGCUGUGGACUGUAUUCACGUCAACGGAAACGUCAUUCACUGUACUGAAAAGCAGGGACCAAAAAGCAUGAAGGUGUUUGAGGAGAAACUCUCUUGCUUCAACCGGGUGCCAUGUUCUAUCGGUGAACUGGGGAAGGUGGACGCAGCCUUGUCGUGUUGUUCUGUCCUUUUCUAGCUAGAAUCCCGGUCUGGAACGCCGAUCGUUCUAGGAUCGCAAACUGAAAACAGUCUUGUGAUAGACAUUUAUAUAUUAAGUAUAUAUACAGAACUUUAUUCCUGGUAGCGGGUUCUGUCACUAAUUCUACGAAAUAAAAAUUGUACAGCAGCCUACGGCGAAGGAGUUUUGUACAAGUGGGAAAAAAUAACACAAUACUAACAAGAAAUCAAAGCCGGUAGUUUUAAAUAAAAGUGUUUAGAUUUUUUAGAUAUAGAUAUUUCGUAUUAGCCAUUUCAGAUAAAGUAGUAGCCAACAGAACUCACUAACUCAGUUAGAACUUAAUUUUGUAGAAGAGGGAAAAUUAGUUUUUGUCAGGGUCGGAACAAUAUUCUUAAGUAUAGUGAGUGAUUUCACAAUAAAAAUACAAUAAAAUUUAAUACUACUUUAAAUCAACUUCAUACUUACUUUAAAUUUAUAUUUGACUGCAAAAGCUUCCUUAUAAGUACUUAAAACUUAAUAAUUUUACAUGCCAUUGGUUAGAAAAUUGUAUUGAUAUUCUAUGAUGUACAGAAUAAAUGCGACACAAUCAUAUGCAUAUAAUUAUUGUAGCUACUAAUGUGUUUACUGUCAGACUGUUGUCCAGAUUAUGGCUUUAGUAGUAAAGAUGGCUGUCCUAAAGCACAGUCUGGUUGGUGAAGGAAGCAGAGUUGAGUGGCCAUUUUUCGCCCAUCCUGGAAAAAAUGAAGGCACUUCAGUAACACAUUAUACUAUAAGUCUAAAUGCUAGGAAACAACAUUUUCAUCACAAAAAUUUUCAAGGUGACAAGAUGUGUAAGUCCUUUAUACAUACAUUUAUUAUAGAAACUAACUUUUCAUGCUUAGCAGUACUAAAAAUUGUCAGGUCAUUUCCAAUGCAGGUUUACAGAAAAAAUUGAGCCCUGGAAUUGUAAACACAGGUAGUUGUAUUUUGUAAUGUUACAUUAAUCAGUUCUUAAAUGUUCUUCAAGUCACUGUCAAUGUUAACAUUACUAAUUUAGUGAUGUGAAAUGUUAUUCUUAAUAAACCUGUCCAUCACUAUCAAAGAUGUUUUAAAGUUAUUGAAGGCAUCUAAUAUAAUUUGUUCAGCAAAACUGAAUUUUCAAAGUCAACUCUCUGGUCAUUCUUUUCAUGUU